GUGGAUCGUCUUAUUCGACGUGGUUGGAGUGAAGAAAAAGCUUUACGGCAAGCAUUUCACGAUACAAAUGAACAGAUGCUGGGAGAAAUGAGUACAUGGGCUUCUUCUGGUUCGAUUCCGUCAAGGUCUGGCACUACCGCCUGUGUAGUUCUGCUACGUCGUGGGCGUUUAUGGACAGCGAACUGUGGUGAUUCCACCUGUAUUUUGGGUAUCCGCGUAGGAGAGGGCCGCUCUUGGUAUCCAGCCGGCAUCAGAGCCACGUCACCACAUUCACUAAAUGCACGAGAACGGGCACGAGUAGCUAGGGAUGGGGGACAAGUGAGUGUUUGA